CCCAGGGAUGCCACCCGCUUCCUGCAUGAUAGCAGGAGAAAGGUCACUAGUUGCUCUAGGUCUCAGCUCCCCAGCUGAGAAUGAUGCUUUCUCCCUCCUCUGCUUUUUCCGACUUGCUUGUUUAUAUCGCUGGCUUUUCAGCAGAAUAACAUCUACUCUGCCUGUGCGCUGAUCACGAUGGGUCCUGCUCUCAGCUGGGGCCUCUAGACACCACUACGAAUAACAAAUAUGAUUUUCCCUUUAUGCUUGUCUCCUUCAUCUCCAUCCAUGCAGCAGUGCUUAUGAGAGCCCGCAAAGAGACGCUGUCUUUUGCUGCUUCGGGAUCCCAGCAAGAAAUGGGAGUCUGAUGGAUUGUACAUGCACCUGCUUUGUUUAACGCCCAGCCAAACAGAUAAGUGCCCUUUUACUUAUCUCACAACAGCAUUUUAGACGUAGUUGUGCACAACAUCUCUCUUCGGUUUUAAUUUGGUGAGCCCUUUGUGUUUCACCAUUGCAAAUGAAUGCUCUGUGGUUCUCCUUUUGGCUAAGAAACACCAGACGAUAUCGGUAUUUCACGUGAGUUAGUUAAUUAGCGUCUGACGGAACCGCAGCUGAUGGCUCUGGGAGCUCCCAGGGGUCUUCCCCUGCCCCUCCAGAGCUGCCGUCUCCAGCAGCCCUGUGAGGUUUUGGGACUCUGAGGAGCAGCUCUGCAGGACCAGACGAGACUGAUGUGACCCAUCUGAGCCUUAAGGAAUCCUCCAGGACUCGUUAGAGGUUUAGUAACUAAGCUUGGCUGGUUUGAUUGAGAAGGUGCUUGUGCAGGCUUGGCGUGAUCUCAGCGAAACCAGCUAACACUGCUGGCAGGAGAGAGGGCUUUCUGCAUGUGCUAUUCAUAUGUGUGCAGAGAAAGUGAUGACCCCUGCUUCUUCCUGCCGCUUUCUAGGUGGGAAAAUAGCAGGGGAUGGGGGAGAGGAGCCCUUAGUUAUACUGAGUUUAUACAGGGGUAUAAAGAGGUAUCAGGAGUGAGCAGUAACAAGAAUUGUCCCCUCAAACUUAUGGGGAUAUUUAUAUCUAUGCAUGGAAAAUAUAGACUAUCAGGAAAAUAACUUCUGGCUGCUUAGAUCUGCUGCCUGCUCUUGGACACAGCACUGCAAUUAUUAAAUAAUUUAAGAAAUCCAUAAAAUAUGAUCUAAUGUACAGUGUAAUUUUGCAAUAGAAUACAGCCACGGGGCUGGGGCAAAUACUAGCUAUACCUGCAAAAUUUAAUGAGUUAGCAUAAUGAAAAAAACACUAAAGCCAGGCAUGUGAGCAUUGGAGGGGAUGUGUGGCAGGAGGAGGGACAGGAGCCAAUUUAUCUACUCCAAACCUGUCUCGUCUGCUCUACCAGUGUUAAUUAGCAGUGUAAAAUGUCUAUCUGCUAUUAGGAAAACUACAAACAGAUUUGCUAAGCAGAUUACACUGUAGAAACUGAUGUGAAAUUGUCUUACCUACCAAGAAGAAGGUGAGGUUCUUGGUUGGAGGUGCCAGCCUAGGUCUUGAGAGAGAGACGGGAGAGACAACACAGUGAAGUAGGAGGUUACUGCUGUGCAAGAGAACUGGAUCUAGAUCAACUCGUGUGAUCCCUGGAGUGUCUGAAGUUCCCUCUUUUCUAGGAAAAACUUCUCUCCUGCUGUUAUUACCAAGAAAGUUUUUAUAUUAAUAGAAGAAAUGACAUGUCUGAUAUUAAUGACUAUGCUCUGUCUUAAAAUCAUAAACGUUGUAAAAACUGUAAAAUUCCUGACUCUUCAAUACGCUGAUGCAGAAAGGCUUGACAGUAUAUGAAGAAAAACUGAUAAAAUGAAGCCCUAGUGAGAAAAUUAGGGUUUGUUCAUUCAGCAAGGAUGGAUAGGAAGUUAAAAAAGCUUAAGUCAGAGCUAACAGAGCUCUUUGCUCCUCAAAAAAAACCCCAAACCAAACACCUUUUGAUCAAGAUCCGGAGGGUCUUGAUUAUUAGGUUUGCAACUUGAAAUCUGUUUUCUGCCAGUGUGCUGAUAUCAUUGUUCCCCCAAAUUAGGCCCCAUUAAAUUAACCCUAACCUGGCCAGUUCCAGUGUGGGCAUCAAAGCUGAAUUUGGAAAUCAUAUCCUGAAAUAUGGCACGCAACUUGUAAUGUCCUGUGCUCCUUGGCAGAAGAAGCAGGAAACACUUACUGUCCCUCUCAAGAGCUGUACUGACGUAAGAGAUGAUAUUGUGUUAUAUGGACCUGUGGCUUGAUUGCUGCUUCCUGUGGUUUGGUUGGUGCGUCCAGCUGCUGAGGAUAACAGAUUCAACAGAUAUUGUCAGGUCUCUGUGAAAUAUCUUGUCCAGAAAAGAAGACCCCCAAAUCCCUAACUCUUUCCUCGUCUUACAGGUGAGCCUUGAAGAGAGACCGUAGCUCCUGAAUGCAUGACCUUCCCCUGGGAUUAGAAGAAAGCCAUGGGGAAAGACAAGAAAAAAGAGGAGGCUGUCUUUCUGAGGAAAAAGAUAACUUUGCUGAGGGCUUUCUCGCUUCUCAUCGGCAGCAUGGUUGGCAGCGGCAUCUUUAUUUCCCCAAAAGGAGUACUCAAAAACUCCGGCAGCGUGGGUUUCUCCCUGGUUGUCUGGUUUACCUGUGGGAUCCUCUCAAUGUUUGGUGCCUUGUGUUAUGCAGAGCUUGGAACAAGAAUCACCAAGUCUGGAGGACAUUAUAUCUACAUUUUGGAGACACUAGGGCCUCUGCCAAGUUUCCUGUUCCUGUGGGCAGAGUUUUUUGCUAUCAGACUGCAGUUUGUGCUCGGUUCCCCCCUUCCAGGCCUGCCAACAGUGCUGUGGUUUCUUUGGCGUUUGGACGCUACAUGCUGGAGCCAUUUUUUGCCCCCUGUGCAGCCCCUGUCCCUGCUGUGAAGCUCGUAUCUCUCCUGGGGUACUACAUGGUCCUCACCCUCAAUUCCUGGAGCGUCACCUGGAGUGCCCGGCUGCAGACGGCGCUCUCCGUCAUCAAGCUCCUGGCUCUUGCACUCAUCAUCGUGCCAGGGAUGAUGCUGCUGGCCAAGGGCCACACCGAAAACUUCCAGGAUGCUUUUGACAGACAGUCGCUAGUUUUGGAUAAGCUGCCCCUGGCUUUUUAUGCAGGCAUGUUCGCAUAUUCAGGCUGGUUUCAGACCAGCUUUGUGCGGGAAGAGUUGGUCAGACCUGAAAGAAAUAUCCCCCUGGCUGUCAUCGUGUCUGUGAUAACAGUAAUUGUGGGGUACAUGCUCACCAACAUCUCCUAUUACACGGUCCUGGGAACGCAAGAUGUCCUGGCUUCUCCUGCUGUGGCUGCGAGCUUUGUGCAGCGAGCCUUCAAAAGCUUGAUCUCCGUGGUCCCUGUCCUUGUCGCACUGUCCUGCUUUGGAACCAUGAAUGGAGGAAUCCUCACGUUUUCAAGGACUCUGUUUGUGGCUUCCAGGGAAGGACAGUGGCCUCCUCUCUUCUCCAUGAUCCACAUUCGAAGGCAUACACCUCUUCCCGCUGUCAUGUUAAUGUUCCCUUUGGUUACUGCCAUGGUGUGUAUCGGAGAUAUCUACCAUCUAAUGAACUUCUUCAGCUUUUCCCGAUGGCUCUUCAUAGGAUUAGCCACUCUCGGGCUCAUUGUCCAUCGCCACCGUCACCCGGAGCUACGCAGCCCAUUCAAGGUUCCCCUGUUUGUUCCUGUCUCUUUUACCAUCAUCUGCCUCUUCACAGUGGCAAUGUCUUUCUACUCAGACCCUGUGAACAUUAGCAUCGGAUGUACCAUGGUUUUAAGUGGUUUUCCAGUCUACUACCUCAUAAUCCACAAGCAAAUGUCAAGUCAUUGCCGUAGCCCCUUUUAUUACCUUACACACAAACUACAGUUACUGCUGGAAGUAGUCCAACAAGAAAUCAAGACUUACUGAGAGAACCAUCAGAACUUGCAGGAGAAGACAAAAUCUCCUUAUUCUGUUUCUGAUACCUUUGAUCUUAUCAAAAGCAGGCGGUGCUCUUACUCUUUUAAUCACUGCAAAUAAGGAUGAGCCUGAGCCAAAAUCUUUCUGCAAGUGUUCCUAAGCUUGCCAGUCAGGAUUGGGAUAGGCAUGUCACAUCUGUUUCUGCCCUCUUCUUUUUUAGCAGAACAGGCUAGUUCUCUGAGACGAGCUUGCUUUGCCUGCAGAGUGUCUUUGAAACCAAGAUCCUAAUUUUGCAGCCUAGCCCAGUCCUCAGUAAAUAGUAUGUGUGUAUACAUGUGUAUAUAUGUGCGUAUAUAUAUACACAUACAUAUUAUUUUAUAAUUUCCUAAAUUGGCAAAUAGAGGAAGGGAGCAUGUUUUAGAACUUAGUCCAGUACAUGGAAGCCAAAUGCAGGUUUCAGACUGAAGCAUCCUACUAGCCAUGUUCUGGACAAGCAUUACGAAGGGAAGGGGGUGUUGAGAGCAAAUUAGAAAUAAGGUAGAUGAAUUGGAGAGGAGGAGGUGGGGAAUAAAACUUCAUUCACGAGGAAGUGCAGAUUUAGGUUAAUAAGAAGAUAUUUGAAAACCCUUUGAAACUCAAAUAUUAACAAAGUAAGGUCAGAAUGUUUUGCUUUGAUUAUUGUAUAAGCCGAAUAAGUUUAUUUUGCUUUGAAAUAAUGUUUCAGUUUUUAUUUUUCUAUAAUGACACUUCAAAAUGUGCAAACACAUUAAAAUAUAUCAGCUAAAUAUCCACAAGAAUAUGACAAAACAGAUCCUGAUCCCUCCCCUGACUCCCCAGCCCUGCUCCUCACCUGGUACUACCAGUGAAGUUGAAAAAUAAGAUUUUGGCCCAACUCCAGUGAAAUACAAUUUCUCCUUUAGUUAGACAAACUGACUGAUGAUACUUGGGCAGAUUCCUUAAUAAGUGCAUCUUUUGGUGCUCUAAGAAGACAUGAAAGACUUCAUGUCAGAGCUUUAACUUUAAGUCUGCAGUCAAAUGACUUGCUGAAUCGAUACAUAGAUGCUCAUUUGAAUUAUUGACAUAGAAAGGUUUCCAUUAUUGUAUUACUUUGAUUUACAUUAUUAAUGUGGCAACAUUAUGUCCAGAUAAAACAGCAGUUACCUACUUCCAGUCACUUAAUUGUUAAUCUUUUCCUAAAUGAUGGGAAGUAGUAUGCUGAGACCCCUCUAACAACUGCUGAAAAGAGGAAGAGCAGAACAUGGAGCAUUUUUAAUAUUUUGUAACAAGCAUUUAUAUACUUAGAGUAAAGCCAAAAUAGCCUUUACAAACCCAAUGUAAUCUUCCCAAACGUGUAAAAUUCACCAUUGAGAUUUGGAAAUAAGUAAGUGUGGGGUUUUUCUCCAAAGCGAUUGGGAAUUAUUACCCUUGUUACGACUGCUUUCUGUUCCUGUGCUAAAUUAAGCUGGGAGAGCAGCAGCGUGGUUGCAGGGUGCGUUUUUCCCCCUCCAUUCCCACCAUUUAAUUAACAAGCUGCUGGACAUCAUCCAACAGGAAAUCCAGUCUUACUGGGAAAACCAUCACAACCUACCAGAGAAGGUACUGAUUUUAAAUGUUAGUGGGGUUUCAAGCAAGAUCUGGAAAUGUUUUCAGGCUUCCAGACAUGGGUCUGGCCCUCCUUGCGUCGGGCUUUGCUGGAGCUGAACCCCCCAGCACACCUUCCUGCAGCACCCCACGGCCGGGCCCCUCUGUGGGUGGCUGGGGAACCAACCUGAAGAAGACCUUGCAGAACCGGACAAGCCCCAUCACCCCAACAUAGUCUGAGUCCAGCCCCUUAGGUACUGGUUUGGGGUUUUUUCCAAAUACUGAGGUAGAAGCAUGAGGCGCUGCCAGCCUGGUCCCAUGCUGCAGGACCCCUGUGAGCACAGCAUGCCCAGGCCGUAGCAUCAGUUACUCAUGCAUCAAAUGUUGGAGUGGUCUGAAAUUGCAGCAAGCUGCUGUGUAUCUGCAGAUAGACACAUAGAAAGGGUGAAACAUCACUUUUUUUUUGGUCCAUUUCCUCUGAAGAAAAAAAGGGAACAAGAAUUGAAAUUUUGAGGGGGAAAAUAAGUAAUCCUACCUGCUGGACCAUGGUCUCUUUAUACAUGAUAAACCAUUUGACAUAUGCAGGGGAACAACACUUGGGUGCCUCUACUGACUGUGCAGAAAUAUGAUCUUGCAGGGCUAUAUAUAGGAUGUCUGCUCCAAGACCUGUCAGAUACCAGCAAUGCAGACAGAUACAGUACAUGAUUACGCUGACAGUUAGAAACCAGAGCUUCAACAGCUCAAGGGCUGACAUUGUAAUUAAAAAUUAUAAAAAUAAAAAAAAUGAUGUUCAGAAGGUAUCAGUUUCUAGUGAGCUCAAGUUUCCAGUUUGUGGUGAGUUGUUUGUUUUUAGAGAGGCUUGUAUUGCUGCUCUCAGCAAAGCUAUGUAAACAUUUUCUACCAAGCCGGAAUGUUUUUCCUAGAGCUGAUCUCUCAUGCCUACUGAAGCUCUUGGCUUCAGUUUGGAAGAGUAUUUUACUAGAGAAUUCAUAUAUGCAAAAAUGAACCUGCAGGACCUGAUCCUACAGAUCUCACCUGUCAAAGGGAAGCAUAAAAGUUGUGCAACUGUGGAGAUGAGAGACAUAUAUGAGAGGUAAAAAGCCAGUCAAGGAAGGCUAGGCAGGAAGAAACAAAGUGCAACUUCAUAAUCACAUUUGUGGUGUUUCAUUUUGGUUUUUCUUUGUUUGGUUGAUUGGUUUUUUCUUGUUUUUAAAUACUAUGUCUAUAAAAUGUACUCAAAAUGCAGCCUUUCCAGAAACUAAAACAGAGAUUUAUGUGUUUCAGCCACUACUGAUCUGGUCUGACUAGAUCAUUAGGAAAUAAAGAUGUUCUGGGCAAUUCAACUGAACACGAUUUGUGUUUAUAAAAAAAAAAAAGCGAUUGCAUCUGAACAAAUUUAUGUUGUUAGUACUACUUGACCUGUCAUUAAACUUCAUGCUUCA